GUCCGUCGGUUUUCUGCUCUGCAUCCAAAGGCCAACAACUACUUGUUACUCAACAGAACCACCCAGUCCUGUCGCCACAACCUUCGCCUGGAUUCGAGGACACAUAUACUCAAAAAUAAACCAUUAAACGGAAGAAACCUGGCCAAUCUUUCCUCCACUCGACGUCACCACCGCUUCUCACGAAGUGCGCGCAUCUUAGCAGAAGCCCCCCCUCCUCGCGACAGCCUCAAUCUUCAAAGGCCGAGCUUCACGAGCGAUUUGCUUUUUUAUUUAUUUUCCCCUCCUCCGGUAAUCAUAUAAAAGAAAGCCGUUGGGCUUGAACAAAACAGCUCCACUAAGCCAUCGCACGCACACAACCGUCAAAAUGUCCGGGGAAGCGUGGUUAUACCUCUUUGCGGUACUGGUGAAUGCCGUCAACCUGUUCCUGCAGGUCUUUUUCACCAUCAUGUACAGCGACCUGGAAUGCGACUACAUCAACCCUAUCGAUCUCUGCAACCGCCUGAACACCUACAUCAUCCCCGAAGCUGCCGUACAUGGAUUCCUGACUUUCAUCUUCCUGAUCAACGGAUACUGGCUGCCACUCAUCCUUAACCUACCCCUUCUCGGAUGGAACAUCAAGAAGAUCGUUGAUAAUGCGCAUCUGUUGGAUGCCACCGAGAUCUUCAGGAAGCUCAACGUGCACAAGAAGGAGUCUUUCAUCAAGCUCGGCUUCCACUUGAUCAUGUUCUUCUUCUACCUAUACAGCAUGAUUGUCGCUCUGAUUAAGGACGAGUCACACUAGAGUGUCACCGCCCUCGCCUGUGUGGAGUUCUUGUGCAUCGCGAUGUUGUGCGGCACCGUUGUGCUCUUGGACCUCCUGAUAGGAUCAUCACUCUAUCGUGCGUUCCUGGACCUCGCGCUUCGCGUGGAGCUUAAAAUAGGAUGUUAUUUAUACCCUGUUUAGGCUCGCAUCCUCGAAAUAGGAACAAGGCGCAGGUAGGAGGAGGAGUGGAAAACCAACGGGGAUUUUUAUCCGGACCUUGAGGCGUAGGAUCUUGUAUCCGAGUUAACCCAUGAGCAUGAUUUUGCGAUGUGGGCAAGGGGGAAGUGAUGUUAAUGAAGCCUUUUUCUGAAUGAUAUUCGGGGCUGGCGUUACACGGGGAAAUGGAGGCACUGUUUACAGGUUUUAUACCAAGCGCUGCCUGGAGUGGCUUGGGUUUCCUUGUCAAGACCCGGGGCAUGGAUGGUUACGAUAUGGCUUAUCCUGGGUGGCGAUACCUGGGUUAUUGGUGCAAUGAGGUGUUUGGCAUGAUAUUUCUCAUAAAUAGUAAUGAACAGCCUCAGCGAUUUGGCUAAUGCCUAG